AUGUCGACGGCCGAGCGUGCAUGGGAACAAGCCUCCACCUGGGCAGGCUCUUCUUUGCUGGCUGGCCUCGUAGUGCACACAAGCACACAAGCACACAAGCACACACCCACACCCACACACAUACAGUGGCAGGUCACUGCCAAGCAGAACCGGUCCCUUCAGCUUCAGGCCAACCUGAGCUCCCUCCGGUACAGCAGUGCAGUGAAGCGAGCAGUGAAGCGAGACAUGGCGUCAAAGAUCAGGAUCAAGAUCAGGAUUUUGUGUGCCCCUGCAAGCAACGCCAGCACACGCCCGCACGCACCCGCACGCGCAGCAACCCAUUUCGCCACAUGUUGGCUCCAGCGCGGCAUUCCCGCCAGCGUUGCCAACCAAAAGGUUCGUCGCGACGCCCGGCCGAGGCUGCAGGGGAAUUGUCGAGACGAAACAGGUGCCAACGACCGCGUCGUCGCCGCGAAGACCAUGUCGUGUCCACGCUGUCUCCCAGGUCCAGGUGAAGGCUAG